AUGCGCCCGCCUGCUGAACAGGUGGACGCAGAGCCUGAAGGCAGCCACUGGCUCUCCUCCAGUGAGUAUCAGCCACUUUCGGAGCCGCCGACCGAGGGUAAGAUCUCACGCUUGGCUCAGAGGUGGAACCGGCGCGCGGCAGGAGAUGCUCUGAUCCAAGAACUCCAGCCCUGGUUUUACACGGGACUCCCCGGCUCCUCGGUCAGCCUGGACAGACACCUCCCGGCUGUAAUGACCCAGCAGAUGCAGAACCUGCAGUUGUCCCAAGCCAAGAAGUGCCCGGGUGGGCCAGCCUCCCCCAAUGCCGCCAAGCGCCUCUACCGGAACUUGUCGGAGAAGCUGCGAGGAAGCACGUCGUCCUUCGAAGACACCUACUUCUUUGGGAAGACCGACCGCCUUCGCAAGGCCUCGACCAUGCAGGGCAGCGACUGCCUCUUUGAGGCCGUGGAGCAGCAGGACCUGGACACGGUGCAGAUCCUGCUCACCCAGUUCUCGGCCGAAGAGCUGGACCUCAACACGCCCAACAGCCAGGGCCUGACGCCGCUCGACAUCGCCGUCAUGACCGACAACACGCCCAUCGCCAAAAUGCUGCUGAAAGCCGGCGGCAAAGAGGGCCCGCAUUUCGCCAGCGGCGAGAGUCGGGAGGCCCACCUGAGCGCCCUGGUGGCGGAGGCGGAGCAGCGGGCGUCGGACCUGGCGGCGCGGGCGCAGCGUGACGGCCUGUCGCUGGAGGCGUGUCACAAGGACAAGCAGCUGCGGGCGUGGGAGUGGAGGUGCAAGCUGUACAAGCGCAUGGAGACCGGCUUCCAGAACGCACGUGCUCCCGAGGCUCCCACCAUGGUGCGUCUGAGUGCCGGCAGCAGCUCCUCACUGACCGUCACCUUCCAGGAACCGCAGGGUCUCACCUCCUCCGUGGUGACAAAGUACAGAGUGGAGUGGAGCUGCCUGAAGGACUUCUCGCUGCUGGCAGGAGAGAUGCUGCUGGAGAACCUGCCAACGCUCAGGUGCAACAUCAGCGGCCUCACCACGAGCCGUGUCUACUUCGUGCGAGUGUGUGCCUGCAACAUGAAGGGCUGGGGACCUCCUGCCUCCUCCUCGCCGCCGUCUGCAGCGCCUUCCAACUGGCGAGAGAGCGAGGGGCGGGAGCCCAGGAGGCGGAGUCACAUCGAAGCCAUGGAGCGUCUGCUGCAGCAGGUCCGAGCGACGCACUCGCACUACUGCUGCGGAGACGCUUCCAAGCUGCAGAACCCCAGCAGGAAGCAGUCGGUCUCCAGAAGCCUGAAACAUCUUUUCAACUCCUCCAACAAGUUUGUGAAGACGCUGAAGAGGGGGAUCUACUUGGCGGCAGUCUUCUACCACAAGGACAGUCUGCUGGUCACGGCCGAGGACCAGAUCCCCAUCGUGGAGGUGGACGACUCCUACAGCAGCUCCCUCACGCAAGACUUCCUGUGGUUCACCAAGCUGUCCUGCAUGUGGGAGGACGUGCGCUGGCUGAGACAGAGCACCUCGGUGUCCAUGUCCUCGUCCUCCACCCUGCAGGCCCGCCACAAGAUGCUCAGCGCCGCCGGGCAGCUGCAGAACCUCCUGGGCACGCACAACCUGGGCCGGGUGCACUACGAGCCCAUCAAGGAUCGCCACGGCAACGUGCUGCUGGUGACCAUCCGCGACACCGAGAGCCAGCACUCGCUCUUCAGCGGCAAGUGGAUGCAGGUGACCAAGCUGCAGAGUCAGAGGAAGUCCCUGUCCACGCCCGAGGAGCCCUACGCCCUGGACAUCCUCAUCAUCACCUUGCAGGACAUUUUAGCAUACCAGCGCCGCAGCACCCACCGCCUGGCACCAGGUCUCUAUCUGGGCUACCUGAAGCUGAGCAGCUCUGUGGACCAGAUCAGGGUCUUGGUCUCCCAGAGGACACCCAACAUGCUGUGUCACAUCCGUGUGCGAGAAAACUCCAACGUGUCCAGGGAGGAGUGGGACUGGAUCCUCAAGCUGUCUGCGGCCGGCGAGAAAGAUCCAAACGGCGAGGAGAGCGAAGAGACGCGGCCCAGGCCUGAAAGCCACGCCCCUUUGCUGUUCUACGAGCUGCAGACGGCCAUCAAGUCUCUGCUGAAGCACAUCAACCUACAUCUGCACCAGGCCCGUCACUUCCGCCUCUACAGCCAGGAAGUGGUGGAGCUGGGUCACGGCGUCUCCUUCCUGCUGCUGCUGCCGGCCGCUGACGAUGUUUGCUCCGCCCCCGGUCAGUCCAACCCCUACACGCCGCUGGCGGGCUUCCUGCACCUGCCGCUGCAGAUGUUUGAGCUGGUGCACUUCUGCAGCUACAAGGAGAAGUUCAUCAGCCUCUACUGCCGCCUGUCCUCCGUGCUGGACCUGGACGCCCUCAUUACCCAGCAGGCAGUGCGGGAGGCCAUCACGGAUGGCGAGGUGACGACGGCCAGGCAGAGACAUCAACUCAUCCUGGACUUCAUCCAUCAGCUGGACGAGACGCGCCGAGACCUCCGCUGGCUGACGGACGCGCUGCAGUACGCUCGCUACAAGCACCCUCGCGGCGGCGUUCCCGUCACCUGCCUGGUGGACGCCAGCGCGGCGGGAAGCGACUCCGGCCAGCAAAAGGACGACUCCACCUCCUCCAACAUGGACUCCCCGCCCACGCCGUCACCCUCGCCGGAGCCGUGCCGCAGGACGGCCAUCAGCGACUCGCUGCUGUGCUCGGACGAGGACGGCUUCUCGGAGGUGUUCCUGCCCACGGACAGCGACUACGACUCCAGCGACGCCCUGAGCCCCCGCGAGCUGGACCUGCUCUACUCGCCCCCCCAGGACCUGUCCCAGCAGGCCUUGCACUCUCUGGGAGGAAGUGCCCCCGACGUGCUGCAGAUCCACGAGCUCAGGUGAGUCCUUUGACCACAAAGCAGGAAGUGUCGUCGUCCGACCAAAAGAUGACAGUCGGUCAUUCCUGUGAGAAUCCUGCGUGUGACUGAAGCGUUAAAGUAGCAAUGAUUGUCACACACACACACUAGGUGUGGCAAAAUUAUUCUCUGCAUUUGACCCAUCACCCUUGAUCACCCCCUGGGAGGUGAGGGGAGCAGUGAGCAGCAGCGGUGGCCACGCCCAGGAAUCAUUUUUGGUGAUUUAACCCCCAA